CUCUCAGGUUUUUUUAGGCUCCGAAUUUGAAAAUGUUGAAAGGCUCUCGCUGUCAGCCGUUGUUGAGGAGACAAAAUUUGGAACUAUAUUGCAAGAAUUUCGCAACGUCGUCUUUACGCAAAAGCUAUCAGCAUGGAGGAAUUUCUCAACAUUGAUUGGUACCCUCCACUGGAAGAUAUGAUAGAUGACGUGUUCAUCCACGAAGAAAGACUGAAGAACGAAAGUGCGAUGUAUAGAAUAAUGCAGGGUGUUUUCACCGACCCUUUUACAGACUUUGAAAGCGACGAUGACGAUGAUAGGGAUAAAGACGAUGGAAGUUCAAGUGACAACGACUCCGAUGGAGUUCGGGUAGCUGGCAAAGAAUCUAAGCGGCCACCGCUGACUGAAAAAAAAUGGGAAUGGGUACCUGGCCUUGAAAAACCUCCGUUCCAAUUUCCCAGAUUGUCAGUCUUGACCAAAGAAGAACAUGCCAUCUGUCUGAAAGUUUUAAAGCAAUUUUCAGGAUCAGAAAAACCGCAAAUGAAUCAACAAAAUAGAAGCGAACUGGAACAGUAUAUGAAACUGUUACCAGUGAUACGCAAAGAGCAGGAGGAAUUUUUAGCUUUAGCAAAGGCUAAUUGGAAUGGUUCUGAAAUAAAAGUUAUUGGAAAAGAAUACAUUAAUGCACGGUGGAAAUCUAAAUUUUUAAACGCUCGAAAGCUUCCUAGAUACUACGUAGCAGGAGGAAAUAUAGCUUUCAAGGAAAAGAAAAAAAUUGUUGCUGAACUAGAGGCCACACUCUUGGAAAAGGGUCAACUUCCCAGGGCAUUCAUACCAGUUUGCAACAAGCGAAAUUAUUUGUCAACUGAAUUGCACAAACUCUAUGCCCUAUAUCCGGUGUUCACCAAUUUGGACAACAGCAAUGAAACAUCUGAAAAAUUAACGGUGAGUCAGGAUCCAAACUGCGAGAAGCUUGCCGCGUCUAAUGGGGUAGAUGUGGUAAUUUCGUCAGGAGGACUCAAUUGUUUGGCUACUAAUUUUGGCCCCCAUUAUACAAGUUCUUGGAUUCUGCCAAUUGUUGUGAAAGGGAGCGAGGAAGGAAACAUUAUUUACAUCGAUAAGCCAUUACCACCUACAAGUAUGACUAUACCUCAAAGAAACUCUUGGAUUUACAAGUAUAUUCUACGGUCACAAAUUCUUCACCCAAAACAUCAUACUUCAGUCAACUUUUCCAAACAAGGAACUGAGGAGGAGGUGACUGAUCACAGUCUUUUUGGGGAUAUAUAUUCUGACGAUCUAUUGAAAUUAGAAGACGAAAACAGUGACAUCUAUAGUGCAGGUCCAAAAUCAGAUAUGUUUCAAACAUCCGAAAAUACAGCCAUGGAAAACAAAGCUGUGAUAAAAAAUGAGCAAGCGAUGGGUGGUCCAAGUAGUCACGAAAUGGAAGAUGAAUUUGACCUUUUCACAAGUAAAGAAUUAUCGCAACAACACACUUCUGGUGACUUUUGUGUAGAGGAAAAGGAUCACUCUGCUAUUUCUAUUGCUCAGUCUAUGGAACUGGACUCAAUAAACGAUAACGACGAUAAGGAAAAUGAAAUGAAUGUAGAAAGCGUUCAGCAUGAUGCACCAGAUACAGAAACACGUACUCAAAAUUGGACGAAAACAAAUAUUUCGGCUACUGCAUCUCCACCUGUUGGAAAUAAUGUCACGUACAAAAUAUUUUCACUUGGUCCACCUGAAAACUGCGAUAUCGAUUCCUCAAAGACUAUGGUUGAGAAGUAUAAAAUAUUGGUUCGCGCUAAAAUAGAUGGGGUUGAGAGAAUGAAUAAAAACUUACUUCACCCCAUAAUGUUGGUGCCUAAACUGGAGCACCAAGUCAGUCUUGGUGCUGAGGCUGUUACAGCAGAAGAAGCAUUGAAACAGUGGACAAUGCUGACCUACAGACCGAAUACAUCACUCGUUCGAGUCAGAAUAUCUGCGAAAUCCUCGGAUAUUAUCCAAGUAGAAAGGAGAACAAUAGGAUCGAUAAACAACGAAAUGAAAAGGCUCUACGGACUUAACGGCGAAGACAGCCUAGUCAUUUUGCAUAACGUUGUUCAUGAGUUAAAAAAGCUUAAACCUGGAAAUUAUCUUCUCAGGCAUACUCCGAGUAAUGGUGCAUUCGCAACAAUUUACCAAGAAGCAGAAGUUUCCGCAAAAAAUGUCUUCGACUUACACUCGGUCUACUCCCAGAAUUACGCUCAAAUAAUACCCAAACCCUCCUGGCCUCCCAUUGACACAAUGGUUGUAACUCCGGCCUUCGCAUUCAGCGAAAGAAUGCCUGCUAUGUAUUAUCCUUCAAAACAUGUCUCAAUCUCCGCGUCUAACUAUCCAAGAGGACGUGGAAAGGGCCGUGCACGAGGUCGCGGAAGAGGAGGUUUGCCAGGCCGUGGAAGGACUUUGCAGAGUGCUGCAAUCGAGCGUUCCGCAGGCAUUAACCACGUCGACACAAAGCGUGACCACAUUCUCAGCUUCCGAUCGUUUGCUUCCAGGUAAACAAAAAAAGUUUAACGUGCAACGCGAAACGCCGGUUGAACAAUCAUGAAUCGAUGAAAGAAGAAAAGAUGUGUACUAUUGUAUAUUUUGGAUGAUAUUAUGAUAAGUGUUUUGCAUCGAAUUAAAAAAAAAACAAAGACAA